AUGACACGACUGUUGCUGGUGGCAAUUUGUCUGAUUGAGUACAGCAGCCAGAUAUCGCGUGCGUGUUUCUUUGACGGAAACAACUUUCUCAAUCAGUGUAAGACACGACUAGAACGUCGUUUAACAGGAUUAUCAGGAGUUAUAUAUUCACAUUCACUCUAUGGUAGAGCACCAUAUAAUGGCAGUAGAAAUUGUUUUAUGAUGUUAAUAGCGCCUAUCGGAUACCGCAUUCGACUGAAGGUGUUGGAUUUCGAUGUGAAUGGGAAGCAUACUGUUUGUGAAAAAGACACGUUGCACGUGUUCGACCACGAAACAGUGAUAGACCCAUCGACAUUUCAUUUCCAAUCAACCGACAACAUCACGCCCGGACCUAUUAUAGGUCAAUUUUGUGGUAAGCGAACGAAUGCCAGUGAACUUAGCACUAGCACUUUAAAUGCAUUAACUUUAUGGUGGCAUACUGAUUCUCUGCUGCCACAACAGCAUCCAGCCAAAGGUUUUCGACUGCACUGGAAUGCGUUCCGAGUCACUGCUAAUGUUCCGUGCUCAUCGUCUCGUGAAUUCGCUUGCGGUCAAAGUGAGUGCAUUCCAAUUCAACUGGCUUGUGAUCGCUUUUCUGAUUGCCGAGAUGAAUCAGACAUUAUUUAUUCCAGACAGUUUGCUGUAAAUUGUGAAAACAUUGAUCCAUUGACAUCGGUUUCUGGAUUUCUUGUUUUACUUCUGUCUGGAGGUAUUGUUAUACUGUUUGGUUGCAUAUGCAUAUCAUGUUGUAUCUGUUGCCGAUGUCUCAAAUCCGUUCAACCGCAGUUGAAAGGUUAG